UUGCGGCGGAGGCGGACCGACCGGCGGCUGGUAGAGAGGCUGAGAGCACCACGACGAUGAUGGCCGCAGCGAGAAUGGCCUUCGCCUCAUGCGGCCGCGCUCACCUCCUACUCCCCUCCUCGUCAUCAACUCCCAUUCUCGCCCGGACCCCAGUCGGCUGCGGCGGGAUAGCCAAGUCAAUCUCGUUCUUGGCACCGUCAUCGGCUGCGAGAUCCACCAAACAUGCCGCCCUCUUCUGCUCUUGCACCUCGUCUUCCUCAGAGGCCGUAGUCGCGCCGCCGCCUACGCAGUCGACCGUGGAGGAGAAGAAGCCAGCGGCUGGAGCGGAGGAGAAGGGGGAGGUAUCGGUGGGUGAGCUCGCGGGCUUGCUCGACAUCCGGGUGGGGCGGGUCGUGAAGGCGUGGCUGCACCCGGAGGCCGAUACCCUGUAUGUGGAGGAGGUGGACGUCGGUGAGGAGCAGCCGCGCACCAUCUGCAGCGGCCUCGUCAAGUACCUCUCCCUCGACCAACUCCAGGAUAGCAAUGUCAUUGUUCUUGCUAACCUGAAACCAAGAAACAUGCGAGGCAUCAAGUCUAAUGGCAUGCUUAUGUGUGCCUCUGAUGCUUCUCACGAGAAUGUUCAGUUGCUCACCCCUCCAGAAGGUUCUGUUCCGGGUGAAAGGGUAUGGUUUGGAUCCGAGGAUGAUAAGAGUCUUCAAUCAGAACCUGCAACUGGGAACCAGGUUCAAAAGAAGAAGAUUUGGGAAUCUGUUCAACCUCACCUUAAGACAACGGAUAACUGCAUAGCAGUUCUUGGGGAGCAUCCGAUGCGCACCUCAGCAGGCAAGGUUUUCUGUAAGUCAUUGCAGGGCGCAGGAGUGUCAUAAUUCUUGAUUGAAGAGGAGAAGUCAUCUCUUCAUUUUUUUUUAUGUGGGUCUCAUGCCAUGUACUUCCCUGAAAAUAAUAGCAGCAAUGAAAUCUUCAGUGAAAUGAUUGUUUCUGAGGAUACUUCUAUCGGUAUCAUUCACACUUUGUAUUUUCUCAGUUUCAAAACUCAAAACUAAGUCUAGGGAACGGAAUUCAGUUAUAUAUAUUCUCAUUUGCUUCAA